GGGGCGCGGGCGCGGGGCAGCCGUCGCUGGGGUGCCCGGGGCCGGGCACAGCCCUGCCCGCACCGUGCCCUGCGCCAUGGCGAGGGGACAGCUGCCGGGGGGCGCCUGGGGGGCCCUGGUGCUGCUGGGGCUGAUGCUGCCGGCCGCCCCGGCGGGCGCCUGGUACAAGCACGUCGCCAGCCCCCGGUACCACACGGUGGGUCGCGCCUCGGGGCUGCUGAUGGGGGUCCGCCGCUCUCCCUACCUCUGGCGGCGGGAGCUGCCGGCCGAGCCCCCCCGGCACGCCGGGACCUCCGCCGGGGACAGCCCCCCGCCCCCGGGGGAGAGCCCCCCGGCCGCCGCCCCGGCCCCGCCGCCGCCCGGCCCCGGCCGCCUCCUGCAGCGCCUGCUCCGGCGGGGCUGGGGCUGGGGCGGCCCCCGCCCGGCCCCCGCCCGACCCCCGCCCGGCCCCCGCCAGCCCCAGCUCUUCCCGCUUGCAGACCUGGCUCUGACCCGCUGA